CCGGUAUCUGUGGUUCAAUGGAUGGCCACAGCAGUUUCCUUGCGCAUCGUUAAGUUUUUCUUGUUCGGGCAGCAGCAAUCGAGGGUCAGGAAAGGAGAAUCGGUAGACGAAAGCAGUGCUACAACUAUCCGUGGCACCGUUUCUGUACCGGCAAGAUCUGCCUCAGAGGGGCCGCCAUCGGAGACGUCGUCAUCGGCAACCAUGGAGAUGCAAGCUGCGGAGGCUUUGCCGGGAAAGAUGCUCGGUCCAGACGAGCUCCUGGGCGGUGGAAAGCGAGUGCGUCAGCUCUUAAAUCGGUUGGUGCAAGUAGCGGCACAAGCUCACGAGGCUGCGGUAGGAGGAACCGAGCAUGGCAAGGGAGAAGAGACAUGCAAUGUGUCUACUGACGCGUUGGCAACUAUUGAACUGCUGCUGCGACGGUCAGGCGUGCCUGCCAACUCAUCAGGGAGCAAUACGAUAAGUGAGUCGGGAGCGACGACAUGUGCAGAUGGCUCUGUAAAUCAGACAGGUCAAAUACCAACAACAAAUCCGAUUGCUGCCUUCAGCUGUAAUGCCAUCACCAACGAUUUGGUCUCAGCUUUAGUGACGCAUAACACUGCUCCCUCCCUAUUCAUCGGCCUCUUACUCCGCAAUCCGCACCGCAAAGUACGACAGCAGACUCGAGAUCUCAUUUUGGGCCCUGAUGCUCCGCUGCUUCGCCGUAGUGUCUUUACCUGGUGUCUAUCGGCGCUCGAAAUGCUUGAGGUCGAAUCAGUGACCUGUUUGGAAUUUUUUGAUGUCCUUCAGGAGCUUUCUUUUGUCCGCAAACCGCCUUUGGCUGCAAGACCUAACAGUGCUGGAAACUCAGCACCGGUACCCAUGGUCUUGACGAGCGAGUUGUCAGGUGUUUCGGAGGAAAUGUCAACGGUCAUAGCCCCGACGCCUCCGACUGGCGGCGGAGACGAUCUGGUUCAAGCUCUUGCUCAGCUUGUGACGCGCCGCCUUGUCCACUACCCCCGUAUCAGCGGAAGUCGCAGCGCAAGCGUAUCGAAUGAGCUGAAGUCGGAGGAAGGGGGUCAAUCGGCUCCAGUUUUAUUGGGCUUACUUCGACUGUUGAAUUGCCUGGUGGAACAGGACCAUGAUGGCAGUCUACUGGCUGGUACUGUGCUGGGUGACUUAAUCGGGAAGGCUUUCGCGGACUUUUUGUUCGCAGUGCCCAGUCUACGGGAAAAUAAUGCGCAUGGCCGACCGAUUUGCGCGGCAGGAGAAGCAAAAUGUAGGCAAUUGGUCUUCUCGAGCCUUCUGACGCGAGCUAAGCAAUGCUCCCGGCAGAUGGAGAGCAUUCUCGGCCAAGUCAUGUCGUUGACCGAGGCGGCAGCCAGUGGACUUCGCGAUCGAUGGCAGUAUGAGUACCUGCAUGAGACCAAAUCUUAUCCAGGACAGUACGUGGGGCUGCGAAACCAAGGUUGUACUUGUUACAUGAAUUCUCUGCUGCAGCAACUUUUUAUGGUUCCUCGCUUGCGAGAUGCCAUCCUGGCCGCGCGGGUGAAACGACGGCGGAUGGUGUCGGGUGAAAUGUUCAGAGACGAGGAGCUAAUCGGGCGGCAGAUUCUUGUAGACUGGGAGACGGAAGAAGGGACCGUUAAGAUGGAGGCAACGGUGACGAGCUUUGAUGGCAGCACGGGAAAGCAUACGAUCAAGUACGACGGGGCGGGAGGGGCGAAUGGUAAUGAAAAGAUCAACGCCAGCGUAAGGCUCAAAUUGAGAGAGGGUCGGGCGGGAAAGGAGACUGGGCAUUUCCAGGUGAUCCCUCCUCCGCUGCACUCCUCUUUGUCAGCCGUUCGCGAAGUUGAACAGGCGCAACGUGUCCUGGAGCAAAUGCAACGGACAUUCUGCUAUCUAAGCGGCAGCGAAAAGCGCUACUUCGACCCACGAUUUUUGGUGGAAGCGUGCAGAUGUCUCAACCUGAACUAUUCUGUUUAUCAACAAAACGACGCCUCGGAAUUUUGCGACAAGCUUCUUGAUCAGCUGGAGGCCUCUCUGAAGGGUACUCCUCAGCUCGUUGAUUUAGAAGAGGGAUGCUUUGGUGGAAAGCUGGCCUACCAGAAAUUACCACAGGGAUGUGAACACAGAGCAGAACGGGAGGAGCCUUUUAUCAAAAUCGAAUUGAUUAUCAAGGGAAAAGAAUCGAUAGAAGAAAGCUUGGCAGCAUUUGUGGAAGGAGAAUUGAUGGACGGUGAGAAUAAGGUGGAAUGCGAGGGGUGCAAUACCAAAAAGCCUACGGUGCGAAGGAUCUGUCUCGGGAGUCUACCGAACCUGUUGAUCCUCCACUUGAAAAGGUUUGACCUGGAUUUCACCACUUUUGAGACGGUCAAAUUGAAUAAUCGAUGUGCUUUUCCCACGCGACUAAAUAUGAAGCCCUACACUCGGGAGGGGUUGGAGGAAGCGUCUCAGACAGAGGCGCUGCAGAAAUUGCAAGUGAGGGAAAACGGAGAAGACAUGGACGUAGGACUUCAAGAACGAGAAGAGAGAAAAGAGGGUAUGACUGAACCAGCGUCCUUGGUGAAUGAUGUGCCUAUGGUGUUUGAGGACGAGGAGUUUGACUACGAGUUGAAGGGAGUGGUCAUUCACGCAGGCAUUGCCCAAGGCGGGCACUACUACUCAUUCAUAAAGGACCGAGAGCGCGAAGAUACCUGGCACAAGUUUGACGACGAAGACGUAACCUCUUUCGAUCCAUCUUUGAUAGAGACCCAGUGCUUCGGGGGAACGUUUUCGAAGCCGACGACUUGGAACGGGGUCACAAACUACGUGGAGCAAGAGCGGGUUCACAACGCUCUGAUGCUCUUUUAUGAAAAAGUCCGCCCCCGGGGACGGACGUCAUCUCUCGCAUCUGCACAGACGGACGGCCACAAAGGAAGGGAGGAGAGUUGUGCACCCAUGGAGGCUGUGGAGGAUGUUGAGAAGCAGGUGGCGGGAGAGGUCUCCCGAGGCACAGGAAGCGCAGACGAAAGUGCCAUGACUGUCGACACCGAGGGCAGUAAGGCCACGGGUAAUGAGGAAGACGACUUUGAGUAUGGCUUGGACGGGAGAGCUGCUUUCGAGGAAGAGGUUUGGCACGCCAAUGUUGCCUUUAUCUACCAUCGAUAUAUCUUUGAUCCACAGUUCCACAGUUUCCUGUCAAGUCUGCUGACCAUGGUUUUCUGUCCCUUGUCGCCUUCUUUGCUCGCACCCACGUCAAGUGGGGCGUCCAUGGAGACGGGAGAAGCGGAGUGCGUUUGGAAUCCUUUGGCUCCCGAGAUGUCGAGCGUGCGGCAGGAGGUGUUUGGGAUGGGGUUGGCCUUCCUGCUGGACGUGAUGUUGCACUCGCGAGAUCGACUCGGAGUCCAGUCUUGGAUGAAUUUACUGCGGCACGCCAUGCAGGUAGACCCAGACAUGGCUUCUUGGUUGUUGGAGGCGUUGAUCCUCACUCCUCCACCGGUCCCACUGCCAAGCUGGAAAGAGGCAAGGAGAUCGGAGGAGCAUCUCGCAGAGGAGCAAAGCGUUUCAUCGCCGAGGUCAUCCUGGCUUCGGACUUACUUCUUGGAAUGCAGCGAUUGCACUGCUCGUGCUUGCGUGCUGCAGCUUCUAGUGAGCGCCAUCGCACGGUUGGCAAGGGAGGACGUGGAGGUGAGAGCGCUCCAGGCUGCAUCCUUGACCGAAGCGCGGAACCACAGUCGAAUUGCCCGCUUUUUGGAAGCGGCCGGCCAGCUUUUACACGAUGCCAAUAGGCAUUGGCUCCACGUCGAUGAGUUGUUUUCACUGUUUCGAGACGCAGCCAGGGCCUCAGAGCCUGUGCGUCUCUACCUGGUCCGGGCGGAUUUCGCAUUCUACCUCGCCAUGUUUGUCCUCGGAGCUGCUGCCACUCCAUCUCUCAAGUCGCAGUUUCCGUACGCGUCCUCUUCCCAUUCUGCUGCCCCUGCCAUGUCUGCGGGAGCGACAACCGGACCGAUCCGUCCGUGUCCAAGUUCUCGAUCAGAGGAAGGGGCUGCCUCCCCCCUACUACCCCUUUCCCCUGUGGAAGGGAUUGCACCUGUGCAGCAGGUAAAUCCCCCACAUGCAGUGACGGAUUACUUGUACUUGAUGGAAGCAAUCGCAACGCUGGUGGGGUUUCCACAGGCACCGAAGGCGGCUUUGUUGGAGGAAUGGGAAGGAGGACGAGAAGGAGGGAAGGAAGAAGGAGAGGGUGGGAGGGACGGAGGGGUUGCGUCGUAUUACCCCACUCAGGCGCGCUUGACACAAGCAGCGCGGGAGGCAUUGACGACGAUUUUCCAAGAAAAUUCUCGGGCGGGGGGCAUGAGCAUGCAAGACUUGUCCCGUUACUUGGAAAAAUGCGCGAGUCUGGGUGGCGGAGGAGGGGGGAUGGGAGGGGGACGGCAUGGGGG